AUGCAGUGUCAGUUGAGAAGGCAUGGAAGGGCUGGAGGGCUUGCAUCUUGCAUCCUGAAUUGCCGUCCAUCAAUGGCCAUCGCAGGCUGAAGGCAGAAGCUGAUGAUCAAGGCAGGAAGGAGCAGGUCUGAGUAUGACUCGUAGGUUGUUGUCAAUAUGAUCGGUAUGGUCGGUAUGGUCAGCAUUGUCAGACAGGAGAGUCUGAGACUACCCAUCUACCAUCCUCGGGCGUCCCCGGCUGUCCCAUUUUCUUUUUUGUGGCCAUCACCAGUUCCAGUUCUAGAAAGUACGAGUAUCAUAUCACCACAUUAGCACAUCAGCAUAUCAGGGACCGGCGCCGGAUUUCUUCUGCUGCUUCCACUUUCCACUUCUACCCCACUAUGACAUGUAUUGGGAAGGCCGGCAAGGCACUGUGCAACCUUACACUGCAUGAAAAGUACUAUACAGCCGCAUUUGCCUCCUACUUUAGACACUUUAGUCCGCCAGCAAAGACAAUAUUUGGCGUUAAUAUAACAGUAGUCCAGGAUCAUGCAUUAAGAAAUCGAGAGACUAACGUACAGUUACAGUAGUUAGUCGUAUUUUGCUUUGCCUCAAAGAUCCUUUCGUCUAGAAUACUGUGGUUUCAUUUGCCUUGCUUGUGUCGCCUCAGCCGAACUCGCCGCGUCGGGAGGCUCUCGUCGACCAUCUUUUUGUGUUUUGUGUGAUAUCAGCCUGUGUACCACCAACCACAUACCUCACCAGCUCAUCAGCUCAUCAUCCACCGCGCUCUCGGCGCGUCGACGAUAAUUGUUCACCUCACGGAAGCAAGCUUACCCAUAUCACACACCUGACACAAAGACGCCGUACGACGACGACCACGACGGACUGCGUGGUCGCCAGCGAAGCCAGUGGACCUCGUACCAUUACUCGUACUGCGCUGCCGCACUGUACUCGCUGUACUGUACGCGCUGUACCGUGCUGUACUCUACUAAAACCACUUACACCACUCUACCACCUUCUACCUACAUUACCCGCACGGCGAGUCCGGCACAGCUGUGGAUCCAAGCAAAAAACAAUGUCCUCGCCGACAAACUCCAACUCCAGCACCACCACCAUCGUGCCCGACGCCGUCCUCGGCCCCAUAGGCUACCACGCACAUUCAUGCGGAUACUGUAAGAGCAAGGCCGAGCGUAGGUCUUCGAGUCGCGGGUCUUCAGGAAGCCCUUCCUACUACGCCUCCUCCAAGUACCUAACCCCCAAGUUCUAUGAAGACUUAAUAUGUAGAGGCUGGAGGCGGUCAGGGACCCUCCUCUACAAACCUGACCUCAGGAACGCAUGUUGUCCCCAUUACACCCUCCGGCUGGAUGCACCCGCAUUCAAAGCCACCAAGGACCAGAGGCAGGCCCAGAACCGCUUCAACCACUACAUACUCGGCGAUGAAUACAUCAAAGAGACGGCAAAACUGCAUCCAAAAUCCAAAGCCGAAGCAGCAAGAUACAAGCAGACCUUUGAUCUCUGCGAACGUGUCCACGAGAGCGAGCUCUCUUAUCUCCAAGAGCCAACAAAGCCCGCCCACGAAUUCGCAGUCACACUGGACCCAGACACUUUCACAGAGGAGAAAUACCUCCUCUACGAGAACUACCAGCGUAUCGUCCACAAAGAGGGUCCAGAUGACAUCUCUCGCCACGGCUUCCGCAACUUUCUCUGCUCCUCGAAGAUAAAGCGCAGCACAACGAUUGUUGAUGGUAAAGAGAAGAAACUAGGCUCCUACCACCAAUGCUACCGCCUUGAUGGGCGCCUCGUCGCCAUCGGUGUUCUUGAUCUUCUUCCCAACGCCAUCAGCGCGGUCUACUUCAUGUACCAUGAGGACCUUCACACUUGGAGCCCUGGUAAAUUGAGCGCGCUACGCGAGACGGCUUUAGCCAUCGAACAGGGGUGUAGAUGGUAUAUGAUGGGAUUUUACAUCCACGGCUGCACCAAGAUGAAGUAUAAAGCAGACUAUCACCCACAGUACAUCCUAGACCCAGAGAAGUACACGUGGGACCUCCUCGAUGACGAUCUCAAGCUACGCAUGGACGCACGGCGCUACGUCUCUCUCUCGUCUGAGAAAGCACGGGGUAUCCCCGCCCCAACUAAAGAAGAGGCCGAGGCCGCCGCUGCUUCAAGAUCCCCGCCACCCACCAACGACGGCGACGACCUCAACCUCCUUUCCCAAAACAUGCCCGGUGCCCUCACAGCCGACGAGCUCGAAGCCUUCGACCUCGGUUCCCUCCUGCGUCCUUAUGGGCGGGGCGCGGUCAUAAGGUUCAGCGAUAUAGAUGGCUGGGAGGGGUACCCGGAGCCUGGGGAUGGGAGGACGGAUGGGGAGCCGGUCAUUAAGCAGGCGCUAGGGGAUUUGGUGGCGGUUGUGGGGACGGAGUUGGCGGGGAGGUUGGUGGUGGACUUUGCGCAGAGGUAG